AUGCCACCAUAUACUGAAAUUUCUAAGGACGUGCCUCUGCCCGCGAGAGAGGAGGGAAAUCCAGACUACCGCCAUCCCCUAUACAUAGGUGAAUGGAAAAAGUCAGUACCAUAUGUAGACAAAGACAUUGCCACCGACGAUUUAGAUGAACCGCACCUCAAGCGAAGAGUCACCAUCCUCAAGAAACAUCCCGAAAUUGAGAAAUUAUACGGAUAUGAUUCUAGGACGAUAGUCAUCACUAUCAUAGCUGCAGCUGCCCAAGUGGCGGCAGCGUAUACAUUUGGACAG